AUGGAAAGAGUGGCUAUAGACAUGGCAGGGCCUCUCCCUCUCACCACGCGGGUUAAUCAGUUCGUCUUGGUUGUAAUAGACUACUUUACAAAAUGGUCCGAGGCAUAUGCUCUCCCCAACCACGAGGCAGAAACGGUGGCGGACGUGCUGGUCAGUCAGUUCUUCACCCUAUUUGAAGAGCCGGAUGAACUGCACUCUGACCAAGGAAGAGAAUUUGAAUCUCAGGUCUUUUCAGAGUGCUGUGAGAUGUUGGGCCUACGCAAAACCAGGACAACGCCCCACCAUCCCCAGUCAGACGGUAUGGUAGAGCGAUUUAACCGUACCUUGGCAGACGGAUUGGCCAAGUACUGUGCUGAAGGACAGCUACACUGGGACCUCAAGUUGCCUGCUCUCCUCAUGGCCUACCGAUCUGUUGUGCACGAGGUGACAGACUAUACUCCUGCACGCCUUAUGUUGGGGAGGGAGCUGAGACUGCCGGUGGACCUGGUCACCGGGCGGCCACCUGAUCAAAGUCUGCCUACUGUCACAAGCUACGCACUGGCGCUGCAGGAAAGCCUAUCAGAGGUCCACAGACAGGAGCGAGACAUUUUUCAGAUGGCAGGGCAGGCCAUGAAGCAGCACUACGACCGGAGGAUGAGAGAAGCGAGCUACUCUGUUGGUGAUAUGGUGUGGCUGUACAACACUCGUAGGAAGAGAGGAUUGUCUCCGAAAUUGCAGAGUCCCUGGGAGGGAUCUUACAAGAUGGUGGAUGCUGUCUCCAAUGUCAUCUACAGAAUCUGUCGAGGACAUCGGGGUUGUAAACUCGUCGUCCAUGUUGAUCGUCUGUGGCGCUAUCAUGGACCUGGUUAUUAUACAUGGGGCCGUGGAGAGGCGAACAAGACCGAGGAGGAGGGACGGCAGGAUGGGCGUGAGCCUGCUGUAACGGAACCGCAGACAGUGGGCCACCAGCCUACUUCGGACGUCGGCCUUACCGGGAGGAGGGACGGAGAAUAUACCUCAGCAACGGUCCCUUCUCCUUCACUCGACGCUGGACAACGAGGUGCCAUACCUAAGCGACGCCGCCAGGAGCCUACUAGUAGGUAG